AAAAAAACACCGCCCAUCAGGUGUGAGCAGGUCGAGUCACGGAAGUUCCCGAGCGAUAACUGCGCGCAGUUGAGGAUUCCUGUAAUUAAACAACGUUUUACGCGUUUUCAGGACAACCCGCUACAGGUGAAGAAGUAUACAUGUGCGAACUAAUGUUUCGGACAUGGCUGCUGGCGUUUGUCGCAGGAUUCCUGCUGUCGGGGGUGCGACCCGUCUGUGGAAUAGAUAUCUACACUUCCCGUGAGCUGGAAGCCGUGAAUGGAACCAACGUGAAACUGAAGUGCACCUUCAAUUCCGUUAAUCCUGUCUCUCAGUCUGUAUCGGUGUCAUGGACCUUCAGACCCCUCUCUGGAGGAGCUGAUGAGUCUGUGUUUUACUACCAGGGGGGUCCAUUCCCCCCACCAGAGGGGCGUUUCAAAGGCCAAGUGGAGUGGUCAGGAGAUGUCCUGAAAAAGGAUGUCUCCAUUACCUUACAGAGAGUGCCUCCGACCUUUAAUGGUACCUACAUCUGCCAAGUGCGAAACCCUCCCGAUGUGCAUGGCGUCAACGGAGAGAUCUACCUCAAAAUUGUCAACAAAGUGACCCUCUCCGAAAUUGGGCUUCUGACAGCUGCUAUCGGAGGAGCUUGCGUUGUCAUCCUGGUUCUCCUGGGUAUCAUUGUUGCAGUGAGGCUCUGCAGGAAAAAAAGUGAACACGGCAUUGAGAUGCACCCAAAAGAGUUUGAGAAAGGGGACCCAACUGUGUGGUGAGGACCACAGAACCAGAGCUUAUCUGAUCCUCUUUCUCUUGGGACUGGGAUGGAGGCUGGUUGGGCUUUUUGGGUCCAUUUUCCUGGAGGCGACAAACAAAAGGCCUCUUUUUUUCUACUAGUCAGACAUCUCUUAAGUUUUGUUUUGACCUGUUCCACACCUGUUUAUAUGAACUUUGAUGAAAUAUUUUACUUUGAUUUUUAACUGGACUUUGAAACAGUAGAGUUGGGGAUGUAAAUAUGGACCAGUGGAUCUAGGUGUGGGUCUUGAAACUUUAUUACCUUAAACCUUAAUUCACAGCAGCAGUGAUUUCAUUUCUGCAGUUACUUAGCCUUAAAUGUUUGCGCCUUUUGUAAUUUGUCACUCUAAAAGUUACUGCCGUGAAUUAUGUUUAAUACUCUGAUCUACCAAGGAUGCAUCAAUGUUUUAAGGCUUUUAAGGUUCAAGCUAAGUAGCUGCACUAACAACAGAUGCUUGACACUAGGUGUGACUCUAAAUUCUGGUGAGGACUUUCCCAAAUCUAAGAGAACGUUAGGCUGGUUUCAGUGCUCCUAAGAAGUGUGCUCCUUCUCUGGGCUUUCUUAAUUCCUGACCAGAGGAUUCUGGGUAACCCGUUUUCUGUUGAUUUCUACUGUGGAUGUCUUCUGAUGUAAACCCUAGUUUGUACUUUUUUCUUACAAGCAGAGAUGUCCACGGUCGGUUUGUCUCACUGUUUGUGUCGUUGUCUGUGUGAAACGAUGCUCUGCUUCAGUUCACCUGCUGACAUGGCUCUUCUGACAGUAGUCAAGAAGGAGAAAGCGGUCCCGAGCUCUGAUGAGCCUGAGCCAAGCAGUGCAGGUGAUGAAGAGGAAGAGGAGGAUGCUCUUGGUGAUGAUGACAAUUUUGGUGACGUCGAUUAGAUGUUUUAGUAAAAUCAACUUCUUUCAAAAGGUCAAAGAAUAAUUUAUAAGUCAGAUUUCUGGUUUGUGAAUUAGAAGAUGCGGUUCGAACUGAACCAGGAACACUGCAAAAACGCAUUUCUAAAAAAGUAUAAGGACAUUUUUUUUGGCAUUUUCUUCUUUUUAUUCUAAAACAUAUCUUCCCCAGCAAAAUAGUAUAUUGCUCAAGUAAAUAUUCUUAAACAUGAUCCAAAGUUUAUAGUAAAAAAUCUGCCAAUGCUUGGCUAGAAUAUAGCAAAAAAAUCUAAACGUGUUCGCAUUUACGAAUUCAAGCCAAGCAACUCUUGCUUACCUCACUGGAAUGGAUUUAGGGUAAUAUGGUCCUCAUUUUAAGUAAUGCUGUUUUCUAGAGAAGAUUGUUUUUUUCUUUUUUGAAAAAAAAAAUAGGAUAAAAUGUCUAAAGAGGACUUUAUACUUUUUAGAAAUCAGUUUUUGCAGUGAGCAGCCUUUGAAUGCAGCGCAUUCCUCCCUUUAGUAAAGCCUCUUCUUGGUUUUGAUAGAGCUUGACUUUCGACAGUUUAUCUCUGUUCUCUUUAAACAGAGAGAAGACAUGAAAGCUUAUUGAUGCUUCAGACAGUUUAUGACUUCCUAACUUUCCUAAUUGUCUCCCCAACAUACAGAAAUGCACUGUAAGAUGUAAAAUUGACCAAAUAGUUUUGUUUUUUAUUAAUAGGUGUGUGUGUGUGUGUGUGUGUGUGUGUGUGUGUGUGUGUGGGUGUGUGUGGAACAGUUUAUUUUUUAGAAAAAAAUGCUGCAGCUAAAACAUUUUUAUGCAGCAUUAAUAACCUUAUUCUAAUAUAUUUUUAAGGGUUGAUUGUAAGUUUUGCUCCUUAAUGCCAUGUAUCUAUUUGUGCUGCUGCCACAUGAAACAUUUCUUCUCUUCACGUUCCUCAUCUGAAAAGAGUUCAGAUGUUUUUACCACAAAAGUUUAAUUUGUUUUGCAAAAUGACUUUACAUGCACAGAGAGAUGAGAAGUGGAUAGUAUUUUUUUAUUUCAUCUUGUACUCAUCCAAAAGUUCUUGUGUUUACUACAUUUAGCUACUGAUGGCUUUAUAAGUGUGUAAAUAUUGUAAAAAGCAUGUUCUAUAUUUUUAGAAACUCAUAAUAAACCACAGAUGCUUCUGA